AGCACUAGGGAAUUAAUUAGUUUUAGCUAGGUUGAAUCGAUUGGGCUUUCCCCUUUUGGUGUUUCUUCUUUCUCUGUCUUUUGUAGAUAGAUUAUAGAUAGAUGCACUGAGAGGGAGGGGUGAGAAAGCUAUGAACAUAAAUAGAUGCAAAGCACUUGUUCAUCAUCAAUAUGAGAGCAUAUAAAUACAACACUUGUGGGUUAGAGUCUAUUGGGCUUUUGGUUUAGAGAGAGAGAGAGAGAUGGAGGUGAAAAAGCUGAUAGGGUUGAGUCCUCUUUUCAUGACGGUGUUCUUGUACAGCUACUCCACAUUCAUGGUGAUUCCGGCCAUAACCGAUGUUACUAUGUCAGCCAUUUGUCCCGGAGAAGAUGAGUGCUCUAUUGCCAUCUACCUCACCGGAGUUCAACAAGUGCUUGUAGGAUUGGGAACUCUAGUGAUGAUGCCACUUAUUGGAAAUCUCUCUGACAAAUAUGGGAGGAAAGCUCUGCUCACCAUCCCCAUGACUCUCACCAUCAUUCCACUUGCCAUAUUGGCGUACAACAGGACAAAGAAUUACUUCUAUGCCUAUUAUGCGCUCAGGACUAUCACUUCCAUGCUUUGUGAAGGAAGUGUUCAGUGUCUUGCCCUUGCUUAUGUGGCGGAUAAUAUUCCGGAAAAUCGACGGACAUCGGCUUUUGGAAUCCUAUCAGGUAUCACCUCAACCGCUUUCGUAGCCGGAAACCUAUCUGCUCGCUUCAUCUCCACUGCUUUAACCUUCCAGGUUUCUGCAGUAGGGGCAAUGAUAGCGACAGUAUACAUGAGAGUUUUCCUCCCGGAGUCGAUUGCAGACGUCAGCAUUUCUGCGUUGCACUCUACCAAGGGAGACGUAAAUAUCAGCCUUCUAGAUGAAGAUAAAACUAGUGUCAAGAUAUUCAAGACAAUGCCUUCCUUUGAUGAUUCCGUCUCCUUGUUAAGGAGCAGCGUGACAUUUUGGCAAACAGCUAUUGUAGCAUUCCUCGUCAGUAUUGGGGAUGUUGCCCUUGGAGACUCGAUAUUGUACUACCUAAGGUCCACUUUUCACUUUAACAAGGACCAAUUUGCUGAUUUAAUGAUAAUUUCUGGGUUUGGAGGGAUCAUAUCUCAGAUGAUUCUGAUGCCAAUGCUGGCUCCAGUGAUAGCAGAGGAGAAGCUGCUUUCAAUCGGGCUCUUUUUCGCCUGUGCACAUAUGUUUCUUUACAGCAUUGCAUGGUCUCCCUGGGUACCUUAUGCUGCUGCUAUGUUCAACGUUCUGUCAGUGUUUGCUCAGCCGGCUUUACGGAGCAUCGCAUCCAAACAAGUAGGACCCCAUGAGCAGGGGAAGGCUCAAGGUUGCAUUUCAGGCCUAGGUUCCUUUGCCAACAUUCUCUCUCCUCUAGUAUUUAGUCCUCUAACAGCUUUGUUUCUCUCUCGGAAUCCACCAUUUCAUUUCCCUGGCUUCAGCAUUGCGUGUGCCGGAUUUGCUGUGAUGAUAGCGUUCGCUAAGAGCAUCAUGAUAAAUCCCGCUCCUCCCGGUUCAAGUUCCAAAUCCAGUAGCAACUGCGACUGCGUAGAACCUUAGUUUUGUGGUGGUGUUUUUUGGGCUAACCAGGAGUGAGGUGGAUGCCGAAUUUCAGAAUUUAUUUUGGUCUUUGGCAUCAUAACAUUCUGUGUUCGUUGUUGAAGCCUUUCUUGUCUAUGUACAUAUCAAAGAAAACCUCUCCAUAGUAAAGGGGGUUAUUCACUAUACAAAUGCAGUAGCCAGUAGUAGGUGUUCUCUGUUGAAUGCUGUGCAGAAGCUAAAGCAGUAGUAAUGCAAAGAUAAAGUGCUAGUUUUUCCUCCUUUUUUGGUCUUUGGAUACAAUGCAAACAUGUGUGGAGUCAAUAUUUUAGCUGUAAAUUAAUAUGUGAAUUCUCAAAUGGAACCAUUAUAUAUAUAAAAAGAAGUGGAUUUCUGUAUUUGUUCCCUA